AUGGCUGCUCAACAUAUAGGGUCUCAAGGGCCGCCAGCCCGGCCCUUGAGGCGAGCUCGCUAUAUCGGCGUUGAGACGUGGAACACUUUCAAGGAUGAGGUGUAUGAGAGAUACAUUGUUCAAGACCAUUCGUUGGAAAAGAUUAUGAAUGAUUACCGCAUGGAAUACAGUUUCCCUGCUACAAAAAAGCAGUGGAAGGAUCAACUCGGUCGUUGGCAGUAUCGUAAACGCCUGAACAAGGAAGAUGCGGCAUUUAUCCUCUUCUUGUUCGAAGAAGCCGCGCGACACGGGGUAUCGCGGCGGGUGUUCGUCAAUCAGUCCGAGAAGACCGAGGAAGAUAUUCUGGCCUAUGUCAGGAAAUCUAGCCUCGUCGGGUCUAGAGAAGAGCUGCUUGAGUACUUGGAUCAUGACGAGCGCUCGCCAUACAUCACUUGGGUCGACGAGGAUCGAGAGUUGCAGCAGCAGCCCCAAGAAGACAUGCCCAUGUGGCAGCCAGUCGAUAACAUUGAACCUGAUUUCGCGCAUUCGCAACCAGAUGAGGAUGACGACAGUCACGCGAACAGGCCUUCCUUCGAGCUACUCGUUGAUUAUGAGGAGCUCCCGCCAGUGGGCGAUGUACACUCGAUACCAUCGGACAGCUCGGCCGAAGAGGAAGGGUCUUCACCCAUGGGGCAGACUCGAGAAGACAACGCGCUCGACAGCACUCCUAACCGUCAUGAACCGGGGCCUCCUCCAGAUGUCCAGGGAUCCUCGAUGGGAGGAAUCAGAGCUCAGUUGUUCCCACCAGAGAUUCCCAACAACGCUAUGGCGCAAGGGAUCGACACACAGAGACUCAAUGGACUACUGUCCAAUUCCCCACUUCAGGCAAAUCUUAGCCCCGAAGAUCUGGGUACCACCAUCGACGCAAUGUUCGGUUUGAUGGAGGCGGUCGGCUGUGAUGCCGAAGACCAGUGGCGUGUAACCAGAUUUCUGCGUCUCUGCUGUGCAGCUGCCAUCUAUGGCGGCCAGAAUUUUGAUGCAAAGCGCAAAGAGUCGAUCACGGAAGCGGUCGGCAUCUUCCGCGAGUUGCUCACUCUGAAUCCUUGGGACAGUGUGACGACUCUGAACAACAUGUUCGCACUGCUCAACAUGUACGGACAUCGUGUCGUCAUUCACGAUAUUCUGAAAGCCACAAAGGCCAUGACGGACAACGUUGCCGACUCCUUUGGCCAUACAUACCUUAUUCGCGUUGUGCAGUCAGUCCUAAACUUCAUGCUGAGGAUACCGGAGACUGGUUCCAAGGCAGAAUACAACCUUGACGAGCUGGCGGAGAUGGAGGAGCUCGCAGACCAUAGCUUUGAAAACCAUGCGGGAUUUGCUCUCAGCGCGACCUAUAUCCACGCGUGGGGGCUGUUAGAGAUGAAGAGGUAUCCAGAAGCUCUCAAAAAACUUAGCGACCGACGGGCUGAGUGCGAAGAAGCUUUCGACUAUGGCCAAUUUCAAACCAUUUGCUGGAUUGCGACUUUGGCUCGGGCUUAUGCCAUGAAUGACAAGAAUAGGGCGGCCGUGAAUACCUAUCGCGAUGUCGCUGGAAGGAUCUUCAGAAUCUUUACGCCUUCUCACCCCCAAUACUGCGAUAGCAUAUACCGCCUAGCCUGCUUUGACAAGCGUGUCAUCGACGAGUCUCAAGAUCGCGAGAGCCAGCAGCGGGGCUGGUUGAGCGUUGCGAGAACCAUGCAACGGACACUUGCAUGGAGGGCCGAGGAGCUGGGACGGGUCAAUCCGCAGACUAUCCAGAAUUUCAAAGCUCUUCGGAAAGUGCUGAUGAAGCUUGAAAGAGCGAGCGAAACCACGACGUUCGACGAGGUCCUGAUGACUGAACUGUCCUAA